UUAUAGAAUAACGUAAACUCAACUGUUGAACCAGCCAGCAAAAUGUCUCUCGUCCGUUGACGCUAUAUUACUUAUAUUGAGGGUGGUUCACUUAAAUAACCAACACUUCGUAAUCUACUCGAAACGUUUGUAAUAAAAUGUGGUAGUAUCUGUAAAAACUAUAUUUAUUUCCGCUUCGGUUGCAAUUAUUUUACUAUAGCACUCGCGUUAUUAACUGGCUUGGUAUUUUGUAUUGUUUACGGAAAUAAAUCGGGACAAUGGCAUUCAGAAUUCAUGAAGACCAAGAAAAUGCUUCUUUAGGCCUUAGGAAAACAGACGCUGAUGUAUUUUCAGCUACUAACCAGCGGCGUGCUUUAGGCAACAUUAACCACUUCGCCUGCAAUCAGAACCGGAAUACAAAGCUUCCGGGGUUGACGAAUGGACCUUGUAAAGUUCAAGAUGAAAACAGGAUGGUGCGUCAGAUCAAAAAUGAGAAGAAUAUUGUCCUUCCAGUGGCACAGUUUCGUGCAUUUAGUGUAUACGAAGACAAACCAAAUGAAGUGGAGGUAAAGAAACGUGAACCAACCUUCAAGCCUUUUGUUGCUAAAGAAGUAAAGAAAGAGAACUUUUUUGUGAACACUGUAGAGAAUGCCAAGCUCAUAUCUACUCAGGCAGAGAAGCAACCAGAGCCUGCCAAAGAAUCACAUCCUCCAAGACUUCCAUUACAAGAAAAGAAAGAUGUGGUGGUGUCACCUAUGUCAGUUAUUGAUACAAGUGUGCUCUCUAUGUCCAUCUCUAAAAAUGAGAGCCAGUUCCUCAAUGACACAUUUGAUGAUGAUGAUACUACCACUGCACAGACUGAUAGAGAAAUGUUCUUCCAUGUUGUGGAGUAUCGACAAGAUAUUUAUGAAUACAUGAGGGAGAUUGAGGUAAAAUACAGAGCCAAUCCUCGCUACAUGCGCAAACAACCAGAUAUCACACACAUGAUGCGUUCGAUCCUCAUUGAUUGGCUAGUUGAGGUUUGCGAUGAGUACAAUCAACAAAGUGAGACGCUGCACCUUGCUGUUUCAUAUGUUGACCGGUUCCUGUCAUAUAUGAGUGUUGUUCGUACUAAAUUGCAACUAGUCGGAACUGCUGCUACUUACAUAGCUGCUAAAUAUGAAGAAGUAUAUCCACCGGAGGUCUCAGAAUUUGUAUACAUCACAGAUGAUACAUAUACAAAGCGUGAGGUUUUGAGAAUGGAACAUCUGAUUCUGAAAGUAUUGUCAUUUGACCUAUCAACACCAACCUCACUUGCAUUCCUGUCACAUUACUGUAUAUCUAAUGGACUAUCAAAGAAAACUUUCCAUUUGGCAGCUUACCUGAGUGAACUGUGCUUGUUGGAGGCAGAUCCGUACCUCCAGUUCAAGCCAUCUAUCAUAGCAGCGAGCGCACUAGCCACCGCGCGCCACUGUUUACUGUGUGAAGUGUGCACCUCAGAUGAAACUGACUCACGGCCUGCUAACAAUCAUACUCAGAUCAUUACCAAAGUGGUGGGUAGCGGCGCUGUGGAGGCGGAAGGGCGCGUGCGCGCGGCUUGCAUGGCGACGGCGUGGCCGCUGGCGCUGGCGGCGUGCUCGGGCUACUCGCGCGCCGACCUGGAGCCCUGCAUGCGCGAGCUGGCGCGCACGCACGCGCACGUCGCGCUGCAGCCCUACCAGGCCAUACCCGACAAGUACAAGAGCAACAAAUUCGACAGUGUGUCUACAAUUGAGCCGCGACCCAUGUUCCCGGUGUCGAAGUACCAGCCGCCUGCCAAUCACGCUGCACGGACUGCCUCAGACACCACACGCACUAGCUAGUAUUCUACAAUAUAGAAUGAUCCAACUAAUAUUGAACCUCCGCCGCAUUAUACAAUUAAUAAGUAAAUCAAAAAGAAAUACACAAAUUUCCCACGUGAUGGGAAGUGGCUCCCGUAGCGUAUGAACAUUUGCAACACGAGGGUGGUUUAUUAGUUCGUUGCGGGCUUUCUAAACUAGUCACUUUUUUGACGAGCCCAUAUGCACAGUGGCAGAAGAGCGCUGGGGAAAACUUGAGAUGGGUCCGUUGAGGUAGGAAGUGGUUUGCAAACAAGCAAGCAAUAUACAAGUAUUAAAUCUUCGAAUUUUAAAGACUGGAUGUCUAUGUAGUAAAAGUUAUAGGCUAUUUCCGAUUUAGAUAUCGCAGGGUCCAAUUUUUCUGUGAAUGGAAUUGAUAUAAUGCGGAAUUUAAAGGAGUUAAAUAAAUCAGCAGAAGAGGUAUUAUUUUUAUAUGAGUGUUUACCGCAGUUAGAUGCAUGUCGCGUCUGUUUCAUAUCUUUUGCUUUUAAUAAACUUUUGGAGGUAAAACCUUUAAAAAACAUGUUCAGUCAUAUGCACAUCCUAGUUGCUUUACAAUUCCUACAUAUUUAAAAUUUAAUUAUGAAUAAAUUCAAAAACAACUAAUAUAUAGUAUUGUUAAUAUUAUAAAUAAUUCGCAUUUAUUAUAAUCUCCAAAUAUAAAUAAUUCAAUUAAGUACAAUGAAUUAUCUUGUAGGUUUUGUAAAGGUAAAGUAUUGUGUGAGUUGUUAUAUUAGUUUUUAAACGUUUCCAAUGGAAAUAAAAAUCUUCGACUUCUGUUUGUUUGUGUUUAUAGUUAUUUGUAUUCUGAUAGGUUUACUUUAACAAGUAAUUUUACGACAACAAUGCUAUAAUAAUCGAAAUCUAAAAUUAAUUACAGAUACGACAAUAAAUAAUACUAUUAUUAUAAUAUGGCUUUCCAAAGAACAGGGCAUAUACAAUUACAGAUGUUAUUAAAAGUAUUUAAUUAAAAUCCCUACGUUAGUUUUUGUCUUAUUUAUCAAUGAUUUAGUCUAGGAAUAUUGUACAGUUUAUUAAUUUAGUGUCUUACAUUAUUUUUAUGUAUUUAACUAUAUAAUAACUCCGGCUGUGUUCAUUUCGUCUUAAUGCAAUUCGUGUCCCGCCUCUACGAAUUCACUGGCACUAGAACACAAUCUCGAUUCAUAGGGUAAUAAGUAGGUAAUAUUUUGAUCUACUUACGUGGACCAAGUUUCUAGUGAAAUUUAUUGUGAUUCAUAAGUUAGACGGUAUUAAUAGAUGAUAUUUUUACCUAUUUUCGGUAAUAAAAAUUAGAUAUGAAAGAACAAUAAAAUACACUCCAUUAUGAAGGAACUUUUUGUUCUGGCGUAUUAAACAAAGCUGUUUUUUUUUACUCUAUGUUGUUCUGUAAUUAUUGUGGAUUUAUUUUUCAGCGAGUAGCAUUUUCGAUGUUUGUUAGUAAAUUUUUUUUUUUGAGAUAUAAGACUCAUCUGGACACAGUCGUGUUUCGUUCCCGUCAGUUCAGUAAAUAUGCUAUAAUGACUUGUUGUUGGCACCUACGUUAAUAUUGUUUUGUCUCUUUGUCGUCAAAUUAAAGAUUGAGCCUGAAGCUCGUUUCAUUCGACAUCAACACAGUCGUUUACAGAACUGAUGGGCACGUUCCGACGAUGGUGUGUAGCUGGGUCUGUAAGGUAUGUUUUAAUAUUGGUAAGUAGUUUUUAAUUUAAUAUAAUCAAUGAUAUUUUGCUCCAGUUUCUUGAAUGGAGGUAAGUACGAAUGCCUGUACUGGUAAUAUAUGAUAUUUAAAAAAAUA